GUAAAUAGAAGCAGGAGCGCAAAAUGGCGGAGCCGCCGAGCUCCGGUCGUGGCGCGGCGUCGCCGGAGCGAGAGUCGUUCUGCGUCAGGCCGGGCCCGGACGCGAAAGCCUCCCGCGGGUCGCAGCCAGCCUCCAAGAAGCUGAAGGGAGCCGACGAGAGGGGCCCAAAGGGCACCAAGCGCGUCAACGGCGAAGGGGGCGGCGGCGGGAGCGGCAAGCAGCAGCAGCAGCAGCAGCAGCCGCUGCCCGCGGCGGUGCCGACCUACAGCAACCCCGCGGCGUGGGGCUUCGCCGCGCUGCCGCCAGGGCCCUCUGUCAGCGCGGCCGGCUUCGCUUUCCCCUCGCCGCUGCCCCGGAAGCUGCUGCCGCCCGCCCUGCUGCUGCCGUCCGCCGCCUCUCCCUCCCCGUCCUGCCCGCAGCACCGCCACCAUCGGCACCGCCCGGCUCCGGCCGGAGAGGCCGCCAAGCCCAAGAGGCCGAAGGAGAAGCGAGACAAGGAGAGGAGGAAGCACGGAGCGCUGCCCGCGCUCGGAGAUGGCGGCGGGGCCCUGAGCGCGGCGGGCCGGGAAGAGAACGGCGAGGUGAAGCUGCUGCUGCAGAAAGCUCAAAUCAAAGAGAAGAUGAAAGAAAGGGAAAAGAAACAAAAAGAGAAGAAGAAGCACAAAAUAAUGAAUGAAAUAAAGAAAGAAAAUGGAGAAAUCAAGUUACUGCAGAAAGCUGGGAAGGAGAAACCAAAAAUGAACGCAGAAGAGCUACAGAUAAAAAAGGUUAAGAAGAAAAAGAAAAAGAAACAUAAAGAGAAUGAGAAGAGGAAGCGUCCAAAAAUGUACAGCAAAUCCAUUCAGACUAUCUGCUCAGGACUGGUUUCUGAUGUUGAGGAUCAGGAAGCCAAAGGCAUCAUAGAUGAUCAUCUUAAGGAUUUCAAUGGGAAAAAUAUGGAUCCCAAGAAGGACUGUGAGUCCAAGAUACCAGAGAACAGUGAGUUUCCAUUUGUCUCGUUAAAGGAGCCACGGGUUCAAAAUAAACUCAAAAGGUUGGACACAUUGGAGUUCAAACAGCUGAUUCAUAUUGAGCACCAGCCUAACGGAGGUGCAUCAGUUAUCCAUGCCUACAGUAAUGAACUCUCCCACUUAUCUCCUGUGGAGAUGGAGAGAUUUGCAGAAGAGUUUGUGGGUCUGGUUUUUAGUGAAAAUGAAAACUGUGCAGCUUACUAUGUAAUGGGUAUUGUUCAUGGGGCAGCUACAUAUUUACCUGACUUUUUAGACUACUUUUCAUUUAAUUUUCCCAAUUCACCAGUGAAAAUGGAGAUUUUGGGAAAGAAAGAUAUAGAGACAACGACUAUGUCAAAUUUUCAUGCUCAGGUAAAAAGAACAUACUCUCAUGGUACGUAUAGAGCUGGCCCAAUGAGACAGAUCAGCCUGGUUGGAGCAGUUGAUGAGGAAGUGGGGGAUUACUUUCCUGAAUUCCUUGAUAUGUUGGAAGAAUCACCCUUCUUAAAAUGUACGCUGCCAUGGGGAACACUUUCUAGUUUAAAAUUAGAGAGUCGUAAAGACAGCGAUGAUGGUCCCAUUAUGUGGGUACGUCCAGGAGAGCAGAUGAUCCCUGUGGCUGACAUGCCAAAGUCACCUUUCAAAAGGAAGAGAACUACCAAUGAAAUAAAAAACUUGCAGUACCUACCUCGAACCAGUGAACCACGUGAAAUGCUAUUUGAAGACCGGACACGAGCCCAUGCAGAUCACAUAGGACAAGGUUUUGAACGACAGACUACAGCUGCUGUGGGAGUGUUGAAGGCUGUGCACUGUGGAGAGUGGUCUGAGCAGCCUCGUAUAACCAAAGAUGUAAUUUGUUUUCAUGCUGAGGAUUUCUUAGAGGUAGUUCAGCGCAUGCAGUUGGACUUGCAUGAGCCUCCACUCUCACAGUGUGUCCAGUGGGUUGACGAUGCAAAACUGAAUCAGCUGCGAAGGGAAGGCAUUCGAUAUGCCAGAAUUCAGUUGUUUGAUAAUGACAUCUAUUUUAUCCCGAGGAAUGUUGUGCACCAGUUCAAAACAGUUUCAGCGGUGUGCAGCUUGGCGUGGCACAUCCGGCUCAAGCUGUAUCAUUCCGAAGAAGAAGCUUCUCAAAACGCAAGCACUCUCGAAGCAGGGACCUCUGCAGACCCCAAGUCUUCGGUUAUGGGACUUCAGACUGACAGCAGGAUUUGUACAAUAAGCAGAAAUACCUCCGAAGACGCCAAACUUUCAGACGUUCUGCAGCAGGAAUUUGUGCCGAUAAAACAUGAACCUAUUGCAUCUCACCGAAUUAAAGAAGAACCCAUGAAUGUUGAUCUUGCUGAAAAGACUGUGGCGCCCCAUGACAGCAGGGGCCAGAAUGUUCAGACUAGAUUGGAUCAGGUUGAAUUGACGGCGUUUAAGUUGGAAACGGGUUCCAAAUUUGAGCCUGGCAGCAAGGACUUACAAGGCAAGUUGUGCCCCGGCAGUCACGUACAUCCGGAUGAUACGAGACAACAUAGUUCAUAUCCAAAACUGCAUGGACAAAGAGAGGAUGAUUUUUUGUGCUAAAUUUGUAUAUAUUGUUUUAAAUUCCUUUUUAAACUUAAUGAUGUAAUAAUGUAAAGAUUCAUAAGUUCUGUGAGGCAAGUUUGUGACUUGCCUUCGCAUCUGUUACAGAAGAUAGUUAUGUAGCUUUGUAACAUUCCUCAGUGCCUGUCCAUAACUGUGAAGUAUCAAAGCACUUAGGGCCAGAUGCACUGUAAACACUGCAGGUUUAACAUAAAGAAGUCUUUAAAUAAUUUUGAGUUGUAGGUUUUAGAGUAGAGCUGACAUUUAACAUAUAUAUUUUUUGUAAGAUGAGCCAGAAUUCUUUUUGACAAUUCCAGGCUUUUCCAUAGAGCUUAUUUAUACCAAUUUUUUCAUUUUAAAUGUGUCAGCACUGUAGUGUAAAUAUCUUUUUUAAAAAUCUUUUUAGUGUGAUUUAUACUGAAACGUGAGCCACUUAAUAAAGGUUCAUAAUAACAGAUUGGUUUUAUUUUUGGGUCUGCAAAAAAUAAUUCAGUUAAACUGCCUCUGUCAAUGGUCCUGUUUCUGCCUGCACUAAGGCAUAGGAUGCUCUCACUCCGUUGCGGAGCGAGGAGCUGCAGCAAACUGAGGUAGAGCAGAGGCAUUCUUUGUCAGCCAAGACUAAGUCAGAAUGCAAAAUCAGCCCUCCCUGCACAGCUGCUCAUUAAAGGCGCUCUCCGAAUCCUGUCAUCAGUUGUUGAUGUGGAACAGAGACAAACGUUACCCGCAGCCUUUCUGUGCCAGGAGGUUGGGCACCAGUGGGCUCCAGGAGCGCUGCCGGCGUCUGUGUAGCUGAGCUGGGCAGGGUGGCAAACUCCUUUUGUGCUCAUCUUCUACCCCUGCGCAGCCACAAUUCAUAUAUUGCUUUCCACGUUUUAAAAACAAAGCUCAUAUCAGUUAUCUGACUAAAUUAGAACAAAGAAUGUUUUUAAAUGGUUACUCAAACUGAAGCCAAUAUAGCUUGAGUGGCGGCCUGACGCUCACAGAGGCAAAUUUGGAUUAAGAUUGCUCCAUGUGCUGAUAGUGCAAGGCAGUACAGACAGACUGGCCAGUGUGUCUGGUAGGAAGAUUCCUCGAGUCCCAGGUUAGAAGUAACAAUUUCUUCAUCAGGAAAAUGAUAGCAGUUUCCAAGUUUGACUGUUCACCUCUUUCUACUCUGUGGAACUCUGUAGUUUUCCCAACCUGUGUUCUGAGAGAAGAGGUUACAAGGCUAGCUGGCGUCUGAUGUGGUAAUGGCAAACACUGUAAUUUAACUUAUUUGUGUGUAACGUGUUGCUGUGUGGUACAAACACAUCUGAACGCUGUUUCUUUUUCAGGUAGCUACAAACAGCAGUAACCUGCCCUACAGCCUGUCCUUCAACUAAAUAUUUAAAACUUGAGAUUCUAGGCCUGUUGUUAUUUUUGAAGCCCUAAAGUCUCCAGGUUCUGGGGGGCAAUUUUUUUUCCUAGGGCUUCUUGAAAAUUACACGUCCUUACAGGCACAAAUCAAGACCUUUGAUAUGCUUAGUGAUCACUUUGGCUUCAAUUGUAGCAAUAGAACAAUGUGUUGUUUUCUUUCCCAGGUGUUGUCUAGUUCAGCUACCCGAGGGCCUUUUGGUGCAAAUGUUUCUUGCUCCUAGGUUGUUAAAAUUGUUACUUUGUACUUAUGCCUGGCACUGAAAUCAGCCAUUUACCUGUCCUGUGCCCUAAUGUGUUUAAAUCUACAAUAGGUCUGUUGAGGAAUUAUUAAUUAAAUCAGCAUUUGAAUUGCUAAAUGUUACUCUUACGUAGCCAUAAUUAUGUAUUAGAGAAGCAAUAGAAUCAUGAAUCUCUUGGAUGUGGCGAAAUCUAAUUGCUGUUUUCAUGACUUCUGGUUAAGAGAUGACUACCAGUUUUGCAGCCUCAGGGAUCUCGCUUCCCCCCGCUCCAUAAGCGAAUGGCUCAUGUGUGACGCGGUAAGUUACCACUCCAGCAUACUGGGAUUCGAGGUGUUAAUUGGUUCAUGUAAGGAUUUGAGCCUUUGCGAUAGAAACGUGCUCUCAGCUCCCAUUGGACAAUCUGGAAUUUUCCACCCAUAAUCUCCUGGCCUUGCAAACACGCCGUUCUGUAGCCUUCCAUUCCUUCUCUUUGUGUCAGCCAUCAGAGAGCAGGGAGGAGCUGCAGGUCGUAGCUUCUACCCAGCACGCAGCUUUUCACAUCCAUUAGUAGACAGCUCCAGCUUUAUGAGAACCAGCCAGCCUUGACAGAUGCAGCUUUUUUUUACAUUUUUUCCCCUUUGAAUCUCAGUUGUGUUCUGUUGAUCCAUAUGCUGAGCAUUCAAUUUUUUUCCUGUUGGAUUUCAGUGAAAUUUAUA